CGUGGAGCCGAUCAUCUCGUUGGGCUGGACAGGCGAGGGCAAUGGUCCGAGGGGGAGAGUGGGGGAUGUCAGGAGCAGACUAGCAAGUGGGGCUGGUGGGUGCGGCGAUAGAGGCCUCGGGACAAAGCGAUCCAGCCCAGCAACAACAGGAGGCGCCUGGGCCGCGGAUGGAGGGCAAACGAAAGAGGAGAAGACGUCACGGCUGGCAGAGCAGACGAGCAGGCCGGGAUGGACGGGGCCAGAGGGGCGAGGGUGCUGCCCAUGCCCGUCUCGAUCGCCUGUGCCGGCCCAGGCCCAAAGCACGUUCUCGCCCGAAGGGGGUGUGCGACGGCCGCUGUGGCCAGCGUGCUCACGGCGGGUGCGGCUGUUGGUGGUCGUGGUGGUUGCGGUCUGCAGAUAGGUCAAUGGGCUGAGCGACACCACCGGCAAGCAGGCUCCCGCGAAUCUGGACGGUCUGCAGGUUGUAUGGACAUUGCGACGGACGACAUUGCUGUGGGCGAACAAAUCUCGGCCAGACCAGCUGUGUUGAUGGGCGGGGCCAAUGUGCCUCACCAACAGACACCAUCACAUCGGCAGAUUCAUCGCAUUGGCAGAGUUGAUCGCAUCGCACUGCGCGAACGGAUGGAUGGACGGACGGACAGACGGGUCGGUACGCUUUGCGCCCACCCCCUCAAGUCGACAACGGGGAUCCUCGGUUGCCGGUUGCAGGCGCAUUGUUGGUGAUCACGACCGCACUGCUUCUUCCAGGGCACCAGGCCAAGUGCCUCUGGCCGAGCCAGCGACCUCCACGUGAAAUCAGGGUCUGUUUGCUGGUCCGGGCGAGCAAAAGGCGGGCAGCAGAGCAAUCGCCAUUGCAUCGGA